AUGCUGCUCCGCUGGGAAGGAACAUCAUGGCGUCAGUUAACUGCAAAGGAUCUUCAUGCAUCCGUAGCUUCUUGGGAUCAAAACGACUUGUCACGGCAAUCAGGUAACGGUAGUUCAAGCAGCUCGUUAUCUGUUGGAAACAACACCAACUGUUCUAGAGAUUCCAAACUUACAUUACCUAAACCUGAACUACCACCGCUACACGAGUUCCCAAAUUUACCAAAGCCAGAGUUGCCGAAGAUUGACAUUCCGUCCUUAUCGAAGCCGGAGUUGCCAACAUUCCCUAAGAUUGACAUCCCAUCUGUACCAAAACCUGAGCUGCCAUCAUUUCCUAAGAGUGAAAUUCCAUCUCUACCAAAGCUCGAAUGGCCAUCACUGCCUAAGACGGAAGCGGCAUCUUUAACCGCGAAUUCAGAGGUGCCAAAGCUUGGCGUUCCAACUUUGCCGACACCUGAAUUGCCGAAAUUUGAAGUGCCUACUACUCUUCCAGUGCCCGAUCUACCAAAAACUCAAUUGCCGAAGCCUGAAGUUCCAAACCCUGAAUUGCCGAAGAUGCAAUUACCCAACUUUGAAUUGCCAAAGCCAGAAUUGCCCAAGACAGAACUGCCAAAGCCAGAAUUUCCCAAUCUUGAAGUGCCAAAGACUGAAGUAGCAAAACCUGAGUUGCCAAAGCUUGACGCUCCAGCGUUGACGAAACCUGAGUUGCCAAAGCUUAAGGUCCCAACUUUGCCGGACACUGAAUUACCACCUCUCCCCAAGGUCCCUACCGACCUACCCAAACCUGAACUGCCAUCGUUUCACAAAUUGGAAAUUCCAAAACUGCCAGAAUUGCCUUCUCUACCAAAACCCACAUUUCCUCACUCAACCAGCCCUUGA